UUGAGAGUUUGUACACAAGAAACUGUAAGUGCACUAGUAACUUUUGGUACUAUUUUGACUCAUUGGUCAGUUAGUGCAUGAACACAUUGUUUGAAUGUAUUAUUUCAGGUUGAGAAGCUUGUUAGGGAUGUGCAGGGACCAGCUUUAGCUCUUGUUCAUGACGUUUGAAGCAUUAUGGUAAUUUUCAAGGUAAGGUUGUUGGGUACUUGGGUCUCUUGCUUGUAUUUUGUUUUGGUGAUUUAUACCAAUAAUAAUAAUUUUUUUCCAGAAUCUUUUGAAACUGCCAAAACAAUUUCGGCCCCUGCAUCCAAGACCCUUUCGAAAGUGGGUAAAUCCACUUCUAAUGGUGUUUUGAAGCAUGGAAGAAAAGUAGCAUCUUCUAGAACUGUUGGUACGAAGGCUUUGAGGUCAGAAUCAAUUAUGUCCGUUCAAGAUAUAGUAGUUCAAUCGCAGGCUUUACUAAAUGUUAAAGAUUCCAAUAAGGUACAACUUAAGCAAGCAAUUUUUGAAUGUUUCUUACUUUUGAAUAUAUUGACAAGUAACCAUUUGGACUUUACUUAUCUGCAAGAGGAUAGGGAAAGAUUGGUAGUAAGGAGGUUUAAGUUUGAAGAUCCACGGAUAGAACAAAUUCAAGACCUUGAGGUUGUGGAUAUAGUAGUUUCUCAGAUUUGUUUAUUUUGUAUCUAAUUUAAUGCAGAAUUUAUUUAACAUACAUGUUUAGGCAGA